AUGCAAUCAUCUAACUAAAGUCAGAAUGGAGUAAAUUCACUCAAAAACCUAAAUGGCUUCAUAAGUAAUGAAAGCGAUGACUUCAAUUAACAAAUGGAAAUUGAUUAAAGUAGUAUAACCUUGAAUGAGAAUAACGAUAAGGAAAUAAUAAGACUCAUUCAAUAGUAUCUAAAUAAUCAUGGCUAUCAGGAGGUGGCUCAAAUCUUAUCUGAAAAAUCAAAGGUACAAAUGGAAGAUCAGCAAGUUAAUACCUUCAGAUAAAAAAUUUUAUCAGGCGAGUAUUUUCCAUUAAAGGGAGAUCAGUACAUGAAUCCCAUAGAAUCAUUGAAUCUUUCAAAUGAAAAGCAAAAAGAAAUUGAAUAUUAUCUAUAUGAGUAGUACUACUUGGAAUUAAUGGAAAAGGGGUUGAAAAUGGAAGCAAUUUAGAUUCUCUAGCGAGAACUGAUGCCAAGGACUAAUGAUCGAGCUAAACUUCACUAAUUAGCACAAUUAAUUACCUGUGAUCACGAAAUAGACAUUCUUAAGUACGGGAACUAUAAGAAUGAAUUGAGACAAAAGGCACUCUGGCUAGGAAGUGAGGAAGAUGGCAGGCAAGCUUUACUAAAUAAGAUUCAAAAAUUAAUGCCAUCUUUUGUAAUGAUGUAGCCACACAGAUUAGAGCAUCUUUUCAAACAAGCCAUUGCCUAAUAAGUUAGCAAGUGCAAGUUUCACAACGUUUAUCAAAAUCAAUAUUCAUUGUUAGAAGACCAUAUGUGCUCUAAGCAGAUACUACCCUCUAAGUGCAUUGCAGUUUUGAAGAAGCAUAAAGAUGAAGUAUGGGCAGUGCAAUUUUCUCAGUCAGGGAAAAGAAUGGCCUCAUAUGGGAAAGAUAAUUUUGUAUAUUUGUGGGGAUUCACUUAGCUUUUCGAUCAAAGAUUUGAGUCAAAAUCAAAUUCAAAGAGUUCUUAGUUCUUAAAGUCUCCCUAUAAAUAUAGGAUUAAAUGCACCCAUGAAAUUAGGGCUCAUCAGAAAUAAAUCAAUUCUUUAAAUUGGACUAAUACUGAUGAUAGAUGGCUGGUGACAUCAUCUCAUGAUAUGACUGCCAAAAUAUGGGAUUCUAGAUCAGGUAAAUUGGUUUGCGAACUAAGUAACAAGCAUACAGAAGGCGUUACUUGUGCCAUAUUUUCAAGUGAUGAUUCAAAAGUAAUUACAGCUAGUACUGACAGACUUUUGAUCUUGUGGGAAAUCAGAUAAUAAGGAGGGGAGUCAGGACUUUCAAAUGUAUCUGCUAGCAAUAGUCUUGGCUACUAAGGCUAUGAGUUGACAAGGAUAGAGACAAGAUGCUAUUUAGAUUUAGCAAUUUCUAGUAGCAGACUUGUUGCAAAAGGAUAGAACCAUUUACACAUUUUCAACAUUGUUGACGGAGAUGACUGCCUUUAAGAGACCUUUGAGGACAAUGACUAGUAAUAUGAAAUCGAAACAGCAGAUAAAGUAUUUAGAGUAGCCUUGAGCAAAGAUGGAAGAUAUCUGUUAGCAAAUAUUUCAUUUGACAGCCCUAGAAUAGAAAUGUACGAUUUGAACAGAAGAGAAAUAGUUAGAAGAUUCAAAGGACAUAAGUAAAAUCUUUAUUUAUUGAAAUGCGAUUUUGGAGGGGUUAAUGAGAGUUUCGUUAUUUGUGGUUCUGAUGAUGGAUGCGUCUAUGUAUGGUCCAAGGAAAAAGGAGAUCUAGUAAUAGUUCUCGGUUAAAGUCAAACUACAAGCCUUACAGACAAAUCUAAGUCCAAAGGGCAUAAAAAUAGUAGAAAAAGAAAGCUAGACUAAAUUUAAAGUCUCUAAAACAAUGAGAAAACUGGAGAAUAAGACUUGGGCUAUCACAAUCAAGUAGUGAACUAUGUGAACUGGUGUCCAAGUGAUCAAUUUAUUCUCGCUAGCUGCAGCGAUGAUUAGACUAUUCGAAUUUGGGGGCUUGAAGAAAUGAAAUUAGCAGAUGUAGUGAUAGACAAUAAAGAUAUAAAAAAGAUUGAUGGCAGUAACGCGUUAAAUGGCGAAAGUUCACAAAGACAGCAAUAUAAUGGAGAUAUGCUGGAAGAGGAAGAUGAAGACGACGAUGAUGAUGAAGAUGACGAGGACGAAGAUAUGGAAGACAGUGAAGAUUCAAGCGAAUAAGAAAGAGGGACAGGAGGUGCUAGAGCCUAAGCCCAUUCUCUUUAAGUAAGAAUCUAGCAGAUAGAUGAAGAAUAUGAGGAUGAUGACGACUGGGCUGAGGGUUCUAAUCUAUGA